GCUUCGUCGAGAUUAAUGGCAUCGGCGGCGAUGCAAGAGACCACGCUGUCGGCGCGCAGAGGCGCUCUGAGCUCCGAGGACGACGAUGGCCGUGACGAUUCCAAGACCAAGAAGCCCUCUCGCCUCACCAUGGACAUAUUAGCCCACCUCCGCCGCUUCUCCAUCUCCGCCCCUUGCCUCGCCGUCGCUCUCCCUCUCCUCCUAGUCUUUAUCAUCGCCGUUGCCGUUCUCUCCCGCUCCCGCCCUCACGCCGAGAUCCUCGUCACCCCGCUUGAUUCACUCCCCCUGGUUCCGUUGCUGCCAGGCAACGGCCUUGAAGGACUUGCUCCGAAUUUCGGAUCCCUUGGCGUGCCCUUGUGCAGAUCAAAACAUGGAAAAAUGGUGGAGUGGACUUCCAAGGACCUUCUCAAAGGUCUUGAAGAAUUUGUGCCAGUCUAUGAGACAAGACCUAUCAAAAACAAUAUAUAUGGAAUGGGCUUUGAUCACAGCUUUGGGCUUUGGUUCAUGGCACGCUGGCUAAAGCCAGAUCUGAUGAUAGAGAGUGGAGCUUUCAAAGGGCACUCUACGUGGGUGCUCCGACAGGCAAUGCCAGAAACACGGAUCAUAUCUCUUUCUCCACGACACCCAGAGAAGUACUUGCGGAAAGGACCAGCUUAUGUUGAUGCAAAUUGCACGUACUUUGCUGGAAAGGAUUUUGUGGAUUUUGGGAGUGUUGAUUGGGUGAGUGUGUUGAAGAAACAUGGUGUUGCAGACCCAAGUCGGGUGCUUGCCUUCUUUGAUGAUCAUCAGAAUGAAUUGAAGAGAGUGAAACAGGCACUUAAGGCUGGUUUUCGUAACCUGAUAUUUGAAGAUAACUAUGAUACUGGGACCGGAGAUCAUUAUUCCCUGAGGCAGAUUUGUGACCAGACUUACAUUACAGGUGGUGGCCAUAGCUGCUUUAAAGAUAGUGAUGAAGCAAAAAUAAGGCUGAAAAGGAAAAAGUUCUGGAAGAAGGCUGUCGACAUAGAUGACCUCUGUGGGGCGGGUGAAGCUUGGUGGGGUGUUAAGGGUUACAUGCGUGAUAAUUUUAAUCAUAGCAAUAAGCAAAUCUCGGAUGAUGAACAUGUUCAGAACGGCAGGUUCAUCGAGUCCGUUUUAGAUUUAUAUUGGGAGCUACCACCAGUUGCUGGGCCUUCACUCACUCACCAAACAAGAUAUGAUCCAGCGCGUUCGACUGACCCUAUUAUUGAAGAUGGAAAGUUCGGCUUGUUUCAGAGGCUCGGUCUAACAAGGUUUGAGACUGCUGUUUUUAAUGGAUACACCCAAAUGGUGUUCCUUAGGGUUUCUGUCUCUACUAUUAGUUGAGUGACUGCAGAAUUAUAUAUAUAUAUAUAUAUAUAUAAGCAUUAUUAGAUGUUGCCUUGCAUUGUUUGUUUUUAAUCUGUUGAUUUUGGUUUGAUAUUGUGUUGCAGAUAUGAGGUUGAUUUGUGUACAUAGUUUAUUAAUGGGUUGUUGCUUGUUUAGCAUGGUUGAAA